AUGGCUCCACGAAGCAAAGCCAAAAAGGUGAGCGCUCCGUCGACCUCGCUGAUCCAGGCGACCGACUUGGCUUCUACCUCGUCCACAUCUUUGCCCUUCCCGGACUCAGCUCCUACACUCCCCUCACCAUUGCGACGCUCCUCUCUCCGGAACCAUCCAUCCAUCAUCGCAGAGAUAUGCCAAUACCUUCUGCCGCAUCAAUUGGCACGCGUCCUCCGCGUCAACCGGCAAUGUUUCGAAGUCGCCGGGCAGAAGCUGUAUCGCGACAUCAAAAUUGUACCGGGCGCCGGGUAUCAGCGUACGAAUCUGGCUAUCCCUUAUCGCCAUAAAGGCUUGCCGAGUCCUACAAAAUCCCGCUUGUUCGAGUUCGUUCGAACGGUGGACAUCACGGAGAGUGCUGCCAUUUGGCUCGACAAUGCGCAGAUCACGGAUAUGGUUUGCCGUCGAACGGGAACGCCCUACGCCCUGCCACAUCUUCGUACGCUGAUACUGCGGACUGACCCGGUGGACAUCCCGGCGGGGCGGAUUGUCCAUCCGGUAGCCCCGUGGUUUUUGGUCGGCCUGCAGCCAGAACACCUGCUUCUCGUCGGAGACCUCGCGGCGCUCGCUCGUAUAUCGCGCUAUCCUCAUGUCUACGGCUCGGAACCGGCGCACUGGCCGUCCGUCAAAAGACUCGAGCACAUCAUUCCGUACAAGAACCCUCAUCCAUAUCCUACCCCCUUCAUCAUCUCCUCCGGCGAUCGCGACAGCGUUGCCAGUUUCCCCAAUCUCCUCUCCUACGAUAUCUUCUUCGAUAUCAGCUCCUCACAACAGGAUCUCUCAAUCACCGGGAUGCUACGGGCCGAGCUGCAUUUCGCUCGGACGGUCGCUUGGACCAUCCGUAACUCGCGUGAGGUCGUACCCGUCACAAUCUGGCUCUCUCCCCUAUCGGAAACCGCCUUCAUCCAGCACAAGCGACUCAUCAAACGCGCGAUCUGCCAGACGCUCCGUGCGGACCAGUACUUGGAGACCGGCUGCUCCCAAGCUUUCCCCCUGUGGGAUGAGGCGCGGUUCCUCAGCAGGGUCGCACAUGUUAGGGCGUACAUGUGCAGCCCGGCCAAGAUGGCGCGGUGGGAUUGUGUAAGGAAUGGCUGGGCCGACGGCGUAGCCUCAAGGGUCUGGCGCAGUGGCGUGGAAGAGGUGGGAGGCGAGGCGGGGAGGGUGGAUUGGGACGACGUCCAACCCGGUGAUGACGGUGCGGAUGUCCUCAGCGUUUUUGAGUAUGACAGCGAGGAAGAGCAGGGAGAGACGGAGUCGGAGGAGGGAGAAAAUGUUGGGAACUUUUAUGGGUAUAGCUCGUAUCAUCAGCGAUGGAUCUACCAGGGUGAACAUCUAUCAUCUGAUGACUCGGACGUGGCGGGUGACGCGGGCGAUGAGGGGGAGGAGGAGGACGAGGGUGAGGAUAGUGACGAGGUCGAGGAGGAGUGA